AUUUUGGAAGACAAGUCUGGUCGCGUCGGUCUUUAAUAUUUAGAACAGAAGGCAGAAUUUUUUAAUUAUUUUCGAGUGUUCGUAUAGAAAUAAGUAUGUCGGCAACUGUAACAAGUAAUGUGUCAUGGAGGAAGCGGAAGAGUGAAACAGCUGCAGACUUGCAGAUUGAGAUGAAAAGACCAAGGUACUAUUAUUACAGGCUCGCUAGUGAAAGUUCUAGAGCUUCAGAGGAGGAUACAGAGAGUGUUCAUAGUCUUCAGGGAAAAGAAACUGAUGUUGCAAGAGAUACAACUGAUACUGAUUCCAAAUCUGAAGAUGAUGAUGACGAUGAUGGUGACUUGAUUGAGUAUGAAGUUGCUAGCCUAUCUGGAAGUGAAAAUGAUAUACUGGAUUUGUCUACAAGUGGUUCAGAAGAUCAAGUUAUUUUCGCUGCUGCAGUUGAAGCUAUGUGUGAUUCUUCACUUGACACUUGGAUAACGGAUUGUGAAGAAUCUGAUAAUAGUUCCUUGGCUGAUACAUCUAUAAUUAGGUUGGGAUUUACUACUUGCAUUCAAUGCAAGUCUAUAAAUGACAAUCCUCUCUUCAGAUAUUGUGAAAAAUGUUUCCAGGAUCGGAAAAAAAUGUACCCUCCACGACCAAGGGGGAAUCGGAAGCAGAGAAAGAAAGCUACUGAACCGCCAGUGAAAUUAGAUACGUUACGAUUUUGCCUUAGUGGAUUAUCGUCUCAGGAUUCUGGUGUUGGGUCAAGUCAGGAGUGCCCUCCGCUGGAUUUGGGACAAAUCAUCGUGCCGGACAUACAUUUAAAACAAGGUACGUCGUUGUCUGAUGUAAAAGAUAUCUUAAAGAAGGACAGCGCGCCAAAGGAGUAUGAACGAGAGUUACGACGUAAGCGACAAGCAUCAGAAAGCAGUGUUUCCGAUUAUGAGAUUAAAAAACGUAAAUAUACCUGUCCCAAAUCUCGCGGUUCGCGACCGUCAAGCAGAAACUCAGCUAAAAGUGGUAUAUGUCAAUCGAUAACGGAAAUUUCUACUUCUUCACAAAACGAAAGUAAAUUGUCAUCGUUAAAUCAAACAUCGUACGAUGAUAUCUCGUCAAUUCACACACAAAUAGACAAUAAAUUAUCAUCUUUGAGUCAAUCAUCGCACGAUGGUUUAUCGCUAACGGACAAUAAAUUGUCAUCUUUUAGUCAAUCAUCACACGAUGGUUUAUCGUUAUCGGACAAUAAAUUGUCAUUCUUGCGUCAAUCAUCGCACGAUGACAUAUCGCUAAGCCAAGCAUCGACAAAUACAUGCGCAUCUUUAAGUCAAACGACAACUUUAUCAUCCUUCUCAGAAAAAACCCUAUCGACUUCUGAAGAAAGCAGUAAAACGUCAGGUUACAGUUCUGAGUGUUUAACAAGGACUAAGUCUCCGGAAAGUAGUCAGAGUAAUACUGAAAUUAGUUCACAGGUUAGUAACAGUUUCGAAAGUGUACAGUCUUCGUCUGAACUUUGUAUUAUGUGUAAUAUAGCUCCAAAAGACAGUAUCUUCUUACAUACAAACAUCGGUCAUCAGUGCUGUUGUUAUAAAUGUGCGAAACGUACUCUGCAUGCCAUCAAGAGGUGUCCAAUAUGCAAUAGAUCGGUUAACAAAAUAGUAAAGAUAUAUAAAGUUUAAAUUAUAUUUUAAUUUAUUAAUAUUUAACUUAGUAAUAAGACUGAUGUUUCAGUUUGUUAUUUUUAUGGGUGGGGUUGUUAAGGUUUUAAAGAGAUUUGUUAAAGUGCCGCGUCGUCGCUAUAUUUAUUUGCAGAUAGGUAUCUAGAUGUUACGCUAUUGUAAAAAUGUUCAUAAAUUUGUUUUUACUUGAAGUUAUCCUUCAUUAGUGUAAGAAAAGUAAAAUAUUAAUCAGUGGCUAAUAUCAAAAAAGGCAAAUGUAUAUAUCAUUGUAUGUAUUUAUUAUGAUUAAGAUGGAAUAAGGUCGAACAGUACAAUUUUACAACAUCAACUUAAACUUCCUAUUAAAAUAUAAACAAAUUAUUUUUAAGCUUUAACCAAAUAAAAGGCAGAUAUCGAGCACAGUUUUUUAAUAAAUCUUACCCAAGUACUUUCGCUGUCAAAGCAUCUUCAGGGGAUUUCGUCCAAAUUAUAGGCUAUCCAACAAUUUGGUGAAUGUCAUAAACAUUAAAUAGUACAGUUACAUAACACUAGACAAAGGACCAAAACUGUUUGUUCUUUGUCUAGUGUUGUGUAAUGUAUUAUUUAAUGUUUAUGACAUUCACCAAAGUGUUGGAUAGCCUAUAAUUUUGACGAAAUGCCCUUGAAGAUGCUCUAGGAUCGAAACGGCUUGGGCAAGAUUUUAUUUGAUUAAAGUUCAUUUACUCGAGCAUUCAACCAUAUAUCACUUUUAAUUAUUUUUAACUUUAAGCUUUAAUUAUUUUUAACUUUAAGCCAAAAAUUUUGUUACAUGUAUAAGGAAGAGGCACGCCCGAAUGAAGAGAUUAGAUUUCCCAAAGCAUUUAGUACACUCAUAUACAAUAUUUUUUUCGCAUUUCUUUUCACUAGAAUAAUAGACAAGCAUCUUAUCGAUUGACGUAAUGGCAUAAUUAAUUUUUAUCUUUUCUAGUUUCCUCUUUAUUGUGUAGUGCAUUUGUGCAUUUCCAAUUAACUAAUAAUCUGAUCCUGUGGAUACAUGCACUAUGUUAAACCACAUCAUUACAUUCGGUUAUAACAUAUAGCUUAAUCCUAUAUUAUUGUCUUAUGUUCUCAAUAAACUGUGUAAAAAUUUCUUUCGCCACAAAAGCAUUGUUACGCCGAUACAGAGUCUUUUCUGGAGGUCUUCAACUUCAGCAGGAUUUUGAGUAGAAUGUAGUGCUCUAAGAACAAUCAAAACUUGCUUACAGUGCCGGGAGAACAUUUGACCAACUAUUAAUCUGCAAAUAGUCAUAGAUUCGACUCUUACCAAAAUUCCUGUGUAAAUCAAUAACCCUAGAAAGGUAUGGAAUUCAGAAACACUUGGUUUUUAUCUUAUGUUUAAUGUAACUUUCCCGUAAUCGUUCAUUUACAAAAACAAUCGCAUACAUUUAGCUUUUUUACAAAUAAAAGUAAUAGAAUAUCUACUGCCUCUGAGUGAGUAUGUAAAGGUUCGCGUUAUUCGUGGGUGACUAAUUUUCUAUUCCCAGUAAUUAAUUAUUGUUGUGAAGCGAUUGUCAUCGGCUAUUUUAACAUAACCUCAAUCUCAAUAAAAUACUCUCCCAAACACCGCGUCCAUGCGUAGUGGCAGCGCUAGUAAAUAUAUUAUCAUAGAAAAUUGUAAGCAGUUCUUUGAACAACUAUUAACCAAUAGUAUAACCCGACAAGCGAGAGCUGGCGGGUUGCGCGUAGAACAAAUUGAAAAGUGGAAGGGAUUCCUCAUUUCUAUUGCAGUCGGCUAGAAGUUUACAUCGUGUAUAACCGUUUAAGUACCUAUACUAUAUACCUAUAAUCGCGAUUAAGUACCUCUCCUAUCUCUCUUAGAAUAAUUCCUUUUCUAUUUUCGCGCAGCUCACCCGCCAGCUCUCGCUUGUCGGACUAUAAAUUAAACAAAUAAAGGUCGAAUUUUGCAACAAUUUUACAUUGUCAUUGUUUUAUUUGUGGCUCAUUAAGGAUUUGAUACACCUUAUUUCAUCUUUAACGUAAUAAUACUAAGGAUAUGUUGAUUUUAAACUUUCAUCAAAUCGAUUAUAGAUUAGAUUGAUGUUGAACAACAGUCACAGUAACAAUUAUUUAUGUAACAUAAAAAUAGUUAUAAUUGGCGAGUUUUCAUUAAUCUUGUUGAAAUCUUCAGACUAAGAAAAAAACUAUUGUAGAAGAGCAGCAUGUUGCUUCAUGGAUUUACUUAGGUUAGGAAGCAUCAGUGAUCAUUUAUAUAUAAAUAACAAUAGUUGGAUGGUGCAUAUACGAAGGUUGUUAAUAUGCGAAAUAAAAGACGAUUUAUAUUUUUAUAUUUUUUAAAACUGCCAUUUCUUUCUUACAGUUGAAAAUGGUUUCUUACUUACAAUGGCAAAUCCAAAUAUUUUCAGUGGGAUCUAAUUUAACUCUGCGCUAAUGAAAUAAUUGUUACUGUGGUAUUUGUUGACUGUUGUAUGCUACAUUGUGAUAGGUACAUGUCUAUUCUAUAAUAAUUAAAAACCGUGCUUCGCAAACAAUCUUAUUGUCUUGUUUAUUGGAAUCAAAUCACGGCUCUUUUAUAACUUUGGACCAAAAUAUGUACUAGUGGCCAAAAUUAUGGAAACUUUACAAACAAUUUAAUUUUGUUAAAAAUUAAAAUUAAUCAAACACCAACCGUUAGCCAUUAGUAAAUAUAUUUAAAAAAUAGCAGAAUGGUUAUGAAAAGAAUUAGUAUAUUUAUUUUAGUUAUAAGUAGACACGUACUUAUUUUUGUUUAUUGCUAAUGAAGGUAUAUUGUGCUAAUAGCAAAUCAUACAAAUGUAAAUGGACAGAUAUUUUGGGUUUUCAAAAUUUAUAUAUUAUUUACACGUGAGAAUGUACCAGUAAUUUGUCAAAUUAAAAUAGAAUUUACAUUGCACAUGUUGUUUACACGUCAAACUCUAUUGUUUUUAGAGUUUCGUAAUAGUGUAAAAACGUGUUUAUUGAUUGAAUACAGUGUAAAAAUGGAUGAGCAGCGUAGCAGUAUUUCAAUGCUUAAUGAUUUUUUUCAACACAUAAAUUGAACUGUGAAGAUGCAAAAUUCACAUUCUCCAAAUUUUCAUAUUAUCAGUUAUGAAUUAUCAAUGAAUUCGUCUUUUAAAGACGAAUCGAACCGUUAUAAUAUCCUGAACCAAAACUCACAUUUUAAUAUCGAAAAACCAUAUUGAAAAUGAAGUUCUGAAACAAGUUACAUUAUUCAACACACGAUUUGCAGCAAAAUGAACAUUCUCCAAUCCGACCAAUCAGAGUGCGUAGGGCGCAUCACGUGAUUGUCAUCACUGUGGUGAUGUUUUGUCAACGGUUUUUUAUCUCGCCUUACUUCUUGCAUUUAAAUGUGCUUGUUAAGGUUGAUUAACGAUUUUAUGAUUGUGAUAAUAAACUAAAUUAUUGUUUAGUAUAGUAGGGGCCAGAACAAAAAUUCAAUAGUUGUGGCCAUGGCUUGUAUCUGGCUUUCUAAACAUACUCCAAAAAAUGUAAAACGGUGGAGUUCUUUUUUCCCAUAGCAGGUCAUGGAUAUCUUCCACCAGAUCGAGUAUUUUUAGUCUCAGAAAAGUUUAUUAGAAAAAAAGAGGUAAUUUACAAACCAUCAGAGUACAAUGAUAUUAUAGCCGAACAUUCUAAAGUAGUAAAGGUUGGCCAAGACUGGACGUCUUUGACUGGAGGAAAUAAACCGGUCCCAUUUCAUUUUCAACUGGGAACCUGCAAAAGGAUUAUUCUGACAACCAAGCCAGGAAAACUGCUUUUGAACAUCAACCCAAAAUUCCUUUAUCAAACUCGACGAAACCAGUGACGAAAGUUGACGUCAACAACUUGUUGAAAAAGCAUUGGGUCUAGUGGAGGGAGAAUGAGGAUUUACUCUUAUCCAAAGACAUCGAAGGGGCUAAUGACAUUGUAGAACCCGAGUCAGUUUGUGAACACUUGGAAAAAGUCAACAUUCUUAAUAUUUAAAAAUAAGUUAUUCUAAACAGUGUAUCUAAAACAAUCAAAGCAAGUCUAAUUUACAAAACAAAUAAUUAGUUUUAAAAAGUAAAACAUCAUAGCACUGUAAAAUAAAUUUAAUGAUUUGGUAAAAUUAAAAUUGAAAUAAAAUAAUUUAUUUAAUGAUUUUAUUUCUAACCUACAAAAAUCGUAACAAUAUAAAUCACCAUAUUUUUCUUGGUUUUAGUUUUUAAUUUAAGGUUGAAAUACAAAAAAAAACUAAAGUUCAAAUAUUUUGCAUCAUAACUAACAUUAUCCAUGAGAUUUUCGUGCAAAACUCACAGUUAACCACAUUUUGGUACAAAACUCACAUUGUCAUAAAGUUUAGGCAAACAGUUUCUAUUACAACAAAGUUGUUACACAAAAAAAUUUAAAGCAUUUUACCAUGGCCUUCAAUAGUAAACAGUUUUUCUCAUUUUUCCGAAAGUUGAGGAAACGUGGAGAAUGUGAAUUUUGCAUUUAUACAAUUCAAUUGUUGUGUUAUAUAAAUAAUGAAAAGAAACAUUAAAUUAAGAAUCUCUGCAUAUUUGUUGAGUCAAUCAAGGUAUUAGUUCUUGUUUUCAUUAUCAGAAUUUUGAUCGGAAAUUCUAGAACAAUAUUUAAAUGAAAUGGUACAUUUACCUAAAAUUAUCUGUCCAAUUUUUUUUUGAAAGGUGACAUCUGGAAACUUAAUUUCAGAAAUUUAAGAGUGACAAGACUGAACCAAAGAUUAUGUAAAUAUGUAUACAUUAUUUUCAAUGGAAAUGUUUAAUUGUACAGAAAAACCUGUUGAUUUUGUAAAAAAGAUUUAAAUAAAAAUUAUUUGAUUAAGUUGAGCCUCUUAAAUUUUUGAAUUGCAUAUUGCAGAAUCAGGCUUUAUUAAAAAAUUAACGAAAUAAUUAUAAAAUAAACCGCACGAUCUGUAUGUAUAUACAAACCUUUUUGUUAAGAAAUUUUAUUGUCUCUUCUAAUGUAUCAUUAGGUAAAAGAGCUUUCACUUUUCAGCUAGAAUUUUUUCUUAUGUUAAAUGUCAUAAAAAAAUUAUCCUAGCCAUAUAUACCUCAAAAUUUGUACACAAUUUAAAGUUUUCGUAAAUAUUCC